UUAAUUUGGUGAUUGUUUAAAUUUGAAACAAUUUUUCGGUUUUUUUUUAAAUAAAGGAAGGAUUUGUAUAUUACAUUAAACAUCCAAAGACAACAUGCGUGAAGUUAUCUCUAUUCAAAUUGGUCAAGGUGGCAUUCAAAUCGGUAACGCUUGCUGGGAACUGUAUUUGCUCGAACAUGGCAUCAAACCCGAUGGCUCUAUCAAAACAAAAGAGGAAAUGUUGGCCAGCGGCAGUAGUGCCGGUACAGUCGGCAGUGAAGGGCAAUCGAACGCCACAAAUGAUGCUAAUACAUUUUUUGCCGAAACCGGUUCGGGCAAACAAGUGCCACGAUCAAUUUUCGUAGAUUUGGAACCGACAGUCAUUGAUGAUGUACGCAAUGGUCCCAUGCGUAGUCUUUACCAUCCCGAACAGUUGAUAUCGGGCAAAGAAGAUGCUGCCAACAAUUAUGCCCGUGGCCACUACUCCAUAGGCAAGGAGGUGAUUGAUAAUGUAACCACGCGCAUCCAGAAAAUCGCCGAACAAUGUGAUGGCCUGCAGGGAUUUUUGAUAUUUCACAGUUUAGGUGGUGGCACCGGAUCGGGUUUUACAUCGUUGCUAAUGGAACGUUUAUCGAUGGAUUUUAGCAAGAAGUGUAAAUUGGAUUUUGCCGUUUAUCCGUCGCCCAAAGUGUCGACAGCUGUUGUGGAGCCCUACAAUGCUCUGCUUACCACCCACUCUACACUGGAGCAUUCUGAUUGUGUGUUUAUGGUGGACAACGAAGCUAUUUAUGAAAUCUGUAAGAACAGUUUGAAUGUAGAUCGUCCGGACUAUAGAAACUUGAAUCGUUUAAUUGCACAAAUCGUUAGCUCCACAACAGCUUCUCUGCGUUUCAGUGGUUCCAUGAAUGUGGACUUGAAUGAAUUCCAAACGAAUUUGGUACCAUUUCCCCGUAUUCAUUUCCCCUUGGUGGCCUAUGCUCCCCUGGUGUCAGCCGUCCGAGCGUCUCAUGAACAGCAUGCCAUUACCUCCUUAACAAAUGCCUGCUUCGAAUCGGGCAAUAUGAUGGUUAAAUGUGAUCCUCGAGCAGGAAAAUACAUGGCCUGUUGUAUGUUGUAUCGUGGUGAUGUUGUGCCCAAAGAUGUCAAUGCCGCCGUCUCAGCCAUCAAGUCGAAACGUCACAUUCAGUUCGUCGACUGGUGUCCAACGGGCUUUAAAAUCGGUAUUAACUAUGAAAAACCAGCAUUUGUACCCGACGGAGAUUUAGCCAAGACUUCGCGAGCCGUCUGCAUGUUAUCGAAUACCACAGCCAUAGCAGUGGCGUUCAGUAAUUUAUGCUAUAAAUUUGACUUGAUGUUUAAGAAACGUGCCUUCGUCCAUUGGUAUGUUGGUGAGGGUAUGGAGGAGGGUGAAUUUACGGAAGCUCGCGAAGAUCUUGCAGCUCUUGAGCGAGAUUUCGAGGAAGUCGGCACUGAUGAUGCUGCCCAGGCAGGUGAAGAUGGUGAUUACGAAUAUUAACAUCCACAUUAAUAAUGAGAAUGUUUUUGCUAACUAGCGAGCUGCUAACUCGCUAAAUUAUGGUAGGUUUACAGUUCAUUAGUUAGCACAGACAUUUGCAUUAUGCAUAGAGACGUACGUACGAGUGGGGAGUUUAUAAAUAUGAUAUUAUUAAGGCAUUUCACCAAAAACGAAAACUCAAACGAUUAAACAAAGUAUUCUAGUUAUUAAUAAUUUGUUUAAAACUGUUCUGUUAAUUAAGUUAUAAAUUGAGUUUUGAAAAAAUUAAAAUUUUUAAAUUAAAUAAACAUAACAACAAAAUUAAAGUGAAAUAUAAAGUGUUAAUAAAUAUAUAAAGUUGGUUUUUGAUAGUGAAUAUAAAAAGAA